GGUUUUUACUCCUGAAACACAACAAUGCUCUCCUCAUGUUUCACCUGUUAGCCUGUCCGUUAGCCUGCUGCUAGCUGCCGUUCAGAUAGCACGAGUUAUUCAGCGAACUUGUGAUCUUUGAUUCCGGUUUGACACACGGGGGACACACCGAACCGGAAGCGGCGGAGGAAAAACUGUCAGAUUAAAAGCGACCAGUGGAGACUGUCCAGCUGUCUGUGAGACAUUCAGACAAAGAGCCAACACACCGAGUCUCUGCUCCGGUUACAGCCGCGAGGACGUCCUGUACGAUGACCAGGACCGAGCUGAAACUGUUUACAAGAAGACGUGCCAACACCUUUUCCACAGAGCCGUCAGUUCACAGCGGAUCCAUCAGGUGUCACUGCUGUGGGUUUCUAAAGCAGACUGCCUGCUGACACGCCAUAAACCUCGACCUGAAGGCUCCUGAGCAGAGUUCAUUUUGUCUCUGUGUGGUUCCAGCAGGCUGUUUCACCAAUGCCUCGAUGGAAAGUGUUCUUCAGUCACCACAUGCGAUGGUCCAGCACCGUCACCCAAGCCCUCGUCCUGUCCGUCGUUACAUUUUGUGUCGUUCUCCCACUGUGCUGCCAUCGGCUGCUAUACUCUUACUUCUUCAUCAGGUCCAUGUACCUGGACUCCAUGAGUGAGGACGUCCUGCGGGAGAGCCUGAACCGAGGCCAGGAGGCUCUGCACUUCUGGCAGAGCGCUUCCACUGCAGUGGCGAUGUCUUCCAGAUUCAGUGACAUCGCCCAGCAUCCUGAGCUGCUGGUCACCGUGGUGACAGCCAGGCGGAACGAGGGGCGGGACUUCCACUACCUGCUCCAGGUGAUGCGGCAGCUGAGCGGGAUUCUAGGAGGCUGUGGGCAACGGCGGUGCGCAGAGGUGUUGGUCUGUGAUGUGGAAAACGGUCCGCAGGGAAACGAGGACGCCAACCUUCUGGAGGCCCACUUCAAGGUGAUCCGGCGCUCCCCUCAGGAGCAGCAGAGGAACAGAGAGCGAAUCAACACCUUCGAGAGGGAGAAGAGGGAUUACGUCUUUUGUCUCCGCAAGGGAUGGGAGCUGGUGAAGCCUGAAAACAUGAUUGUCCUGGAAGACGACGCUUUGCCAUCACAGGACUUUUUCAGAGUCGUGAAGGACCUGGUGUCACGUCGGUUCGCCCUCCAGACUCUUUACAUAAAGCUGUAUCACCCUGAAAGGCUGCAGCGCUACUGGAACCCGGAACCUUACCGCAUUCUGGAGUGGGUCGGACUUGGGCUGGUGGGGGCGACGGCCCUCCUUCUCACCUUUUCUUACUGGAACCCCUGUUCUUUCUCCUUCACGCUGUCGUAUAGCCACCUGUUCUUCUUCACCCUCUACUUCAUGGCUGUCGCGGAGCUGCUGGGGCGGCACUACCUCCUGGAGGUGCGGAGACUCUCCCCGCAGCUCUACGCCGUCUGUCCGGCUACAGAGUGCUGCACCCCAGCCAUGCUCUUCCCUGGAAACGCCUCGCUCAGGGUGGCCGAAUAUCUGGACGGCUCGUUCUGCGUCAAGGGGAACGCCAAAGACAUGGUUCUGUAUCAGAUGGCGAAGACAGUCCCUGGAGAAAGGUCUCACAGCGUGGAACCCAACCUCAUCACUCACAUCGGGGCCUAUUCAUCCGUCAGGGCUAACCCAUCCAGGCCCAAACUCCUCUGACACAGAGCAGCCGGGAGGAGGUGGAGGACAGUAAUUCAGUGCAACAGUGCUGGAUUGAAGUUCCUCCUGACUUGGUUCUACUUUUCUUUUCUGCCAUGGCACCUUCUGGACUCUUCAGGACAUCUGAAGACGUCACUUAACGAGCGUUGGUUUGGUGAUUUGCAGGUGAAAAGUAUUUUUGGAUGUGAAUGUUUGUCCACACAGGAGGUGUUUUCUGACGGAGCAGGUAGCUUACAUCCGCAGUGAGGGUGUGCUGGGCUCAGAGUGGGGCCAUAAUGCCGGUGACCUACGCUUAGCGCUGUGCCUGAACGCCUCCUGUGUGUAGACAUUAUGUUACUUCUGUCUCAGCAGCAUUUCAGAGACUUCAGAUCGAUGUGGACCUGAUUGAACUGAAAUGCUGCUGAAAGUCUUUCAUGUAAAGUUCAGAUGGAAAAAUCACUUUUCACUUUUCAGUGCUGCUGAUGUGUGCUUGGACAUCUUUUCACCAGCAAAUCACAUGAACCUCUAACUGAACCGUGUCCUCCGUCUGGGACCAGAUGUCACGUCUUCGCUGCUGGAAAACGUCUUUAACGGUUCUGCUGACUUCCAGGUUUGCUGUUCAGCUUCUUCACUGCCUGGAAUCAUGAAACUGUUGAAAAUAAUCAGAUGCUGUCAGUAUCCACCACCUCAUCAUCAUCAUCAUCAUCAUCAUCAUCCUCAUCUUCCUCAGCCACCUGAAAACAGCUUUUAGAACAUGCAGAGUUUUUGCUCGACAGUCUGUUUCAUGGAUCUGAUGAACGUGGUGAGAUUUGUUGUGGCCUUUGUCUUUAACACACAUUUUUGUAAUUUCAUCCCGUUAACAGGAUUUUGAAUGAGGCGUGUGAUUCUGUGAUAUAGGAGAGCAUCACAUAGUGGCAGUCCUGCUGCAGGUGAUCCGACUGCCACAGGAGAACCAUACCUCAACAGUAAUGUGGUCUACUGAGCAGUGAGACCCCCCGACCGCUUUCAAACCAGAAUCUGGUUUUGUCUGUCUCUUUAUAUCAGAUUUAUGCUUUGCUGUUUUCAGACAAUAUAUUUGCACUUUCAACAUUGUAAAGAGCAAAAACUGAGAAAGGUGGAAGGAGCGUUUGGUGAAGGGAGACGAGGUUCACCGCCGAGCUGAGGAAUGAUGGGAGGAGGGGGCCGGGGGCGGGGGGUCAUUGUAGACCUGUGUGGCCUUUUUGCUUGUGGGCCGGUUGUAUAGGUUCUGUAGUUGCAAUAGUUUUUUCCCAAUGCUGUUCUGACCUGGUUGACCACCUGGGUCAGCUUGUUCCUGGGUCCAGUGAGAGCUUCCCACACUCGGAGAUGAUGAUACAGGUCAGAACUGUCAGCGAGUAGACCAGGACCUGUUUGCUGGAACUGAAGCUCCUCAGCUUCCUGAGGAGAGAGAGCUGCUGUCUCGCCUUUCUGUAAACGUCGUCUGAAACGUUCCCAGAUAUUUGACGUGAGUGACCUGCUCCUCCAUGAUAGCAGGCUUCAGGACCGGCCUUAUGCUGCCUGCUCGUACCGACACUGAGGUCAAGGACCAGCUGGAGGGUGGUUGAUGUGCUGAGAGAAGGAAGGGAUGUUGACUUCCUGCAGGCAGGCAAACAGGGUCAUGUCAUCAGCAUACUGUGUGAGGGACAGGACUCUGCUGUAUUUCACCUCGUCUGUACCGUUGUGGAGUGCUGUGUUCAGGACGAGGCAGUCAGAGGUGGUCUUAUCAGUACAGAGACCUCACUCUCAGGAACUCUCUGAUCCAGAGGACCAGUCUGCUGCUGAUGUUCCGGUCACACAGGCGCCUCAGGACAAAGUCUUGGCCUUGUCUAGAUGACCCUGUUUGUCCAGGAGAGUGAGGGUGGUGUUCUCCACACUUUGGCUGGCUCGGCAGGUUAACUUGAGUUUAGCUGUGUGCGAUAUGAGUUCCUUGUUCAUUAGAUGCUCUGUGAGUUUGUUUAAUAGAGGUCUGAGGAGAUUUUGCUGUUUUAGGCACUGGGACAUUGGUCUCCAUUUUCAGGCCUGAGGGACAAAAUGUUGUGGAACAGCUGGAUAAAGAUGAGAUCCCUCCUUUGAGCCCUUCUGGUCCAGCGUCUUUGUGAGGGUUGACUCACUGAAGGAUCGAUGACCUCCUUUUCCUUUAAUAUCACGGGGGGGGGGGGGGGGGUU